GAACUCUGUAACUACUUAACUAAUCUCAGUGUCUCACGUCUCGACAGCUUGUCGUUGCGGUAAUUGUGGUAUCAAUUGAAUUUGAAAUAAAUAUAAAAAUGGAAGCAAUUCUUGCAAAAUUACUUGUCGCCGAUAAUGCAAGUAUACAACAGGGUACACAAGAAUUACGAGAGGCAUUUAAGAAUCCUGAUGCAGUGCCUGCAUUAUGUCAAUUAAUUACAUCCUCGCAAAAUCCACAAAUACGACAAUCUGCUGCUGUACUUUUAAGGAAACGAUUAUCACGAAAUCGGAAUUGGACUAAACUUAGUACGGAAAUUAAAAAUGGGAUAAAACAAACUUUACUGCAAGCACUAGUUAAUGAGCCAGAUAAAUUAGUCAAAAAUUGUAUAGCACAAUUUAUUGGUGCAAUAGGGAAACAUGAAUUUCCUAUCAAUCAGUGGCCCGAAGUUCUUCAAUUCGUUAACACAUUGUGUUCAAGUGAUAAUAUUGCGGAUAAAGAACUCGGAAUGUACACUUUGUCAAUUAUGACAGAGAUAUCUGCAGAUCAAUACAUGAACCAUGCUGAUGCAUUUGCAUUUUUAUUUACAAAUAUCUUAAAUUCUGUGCAAGAUUUAAGUUCACCAUUGACUUAUUACACAAUAUUAACAAUGAUGCAUUUUGUGCCGUUAAUAUCGGAAAAUCAACAGAUGGUCAAUACUUAUCAUAAUUUAUUACCAAGAAUAAUGGAAUGUAUAAAAGUAAUGAGCCGAUCCGAUGAAAAACGAUGUUGUGAAACAAUGGAAAUUUUAGAAGAAUUAUUAGAAUCAGCUGUAACAGUUAUUAUACCGCAUGUAAAAUCAUUAAUUGAAUUAUGCUUACAAUUAGCUCUAGAUAAAGAAGUUGAUGAUGGCGUUAAAGUAAAAGCAGUUAGCUUUAUUGGAUGGUUAACACGCACAAAGAAAAAGAUGAUAACAAAACAUGGAUUAGUAGAGCCAAUUGUAAGUACAUUAUUUCAAUUAAUGUGUCUCCCACCAGACGACGAGUGCGAAGAAGAAUAUUUUACUGCAGAACCAGAGAGCAGUACGCCAAUGACAUGUGCCACACAAACUUUAGAUGUUUUAGCAUUGAAUUUGCCACCAGAAAAAUUAAUUCCACCUUUGUUACAACAUAUAGAGCCCGCAUUAAAUGGCAUGGAUUUAUAUGCUAAAAAAGCAGCUUAUUUAACAAUGGCCGUACUUGCUGAAGGAUGUGCUGAUUGUAUAAGAUCUAAAUAUUUAAAAUCAUUUCUUCAAUGUAUUUGUAAAGGUAUUACGGAUCCAAAUGCUGUUGUUCGAAAUGCAGCUUUAUUUGCACUUGGCCAAUUUUCUGAACAUUUACAGCCUGAUAUUAGCGUAUACGCGUCAGAACUAUUACCCGUAUUAUUUGAUUUUCUGGGUCAGCUAUGUUGUCAACUCGAAAAUAGCAAAGAACCACCAAGUAUUGAUCGGAUGUUUUAUGCACUUGAAACAUUUUGUGAAAACUUAGAAGAAGAACUAUUACCUUAUUUAGAUACAUUAAUGGAGCGACUAUUCUUAGUUUUAAAAACUAGUUCAUCGGUUCAUCUUAGAGAAUUAGCUAUUAGUGCCAUUGGAUCAACAGCAAAUGCCGCAAAAGAACAUUUAUUGCCAUAUUUCAAUCAAAUAAUUGAUCUACUUCGUGUAUAUCUAACAAACAAAUACGAUGACGAAACAAGCUGUCUAACAGUCCAAUCUAUCGAUACACUUGGAAUAUUAGCACGAACAAUUGGAAAAGAUAAUUUCCUACCGUUAGCACAAGAAUCAUUACAAUUAGGUUUAAAAUUAAUGGAAGAAUCAGAAGAUCCUGAUUUACGUAAAAGUGCAUAUGGUUUAUUUGCUUCACUAGCAUCCGUGCUCAAAGAAGAUUUAAAUCCAGCAUUACCAAAAAUUAUUGAAACUAUGCUUGACGCUAUUAAAAGUGCUGAUGGAUUUGUGCCACAAUUUAAAGAUGAGGAUACUUCUGCAUUGGAUGUUUAUGAUGAUUUAUCUGAUUCAAAUGAUGAAGAGGAUAUUGAAAAUGAAUCGACUGAUGAGGAAGACGAUGAUGUUGCUGGUUAUAUUUUAGAAAAUUCUUAUAUUGAAGAAAAAGAAGAAGCAUGUUUAGCUUUACGUGAAUUUGCAAUUCAUACAGGGCCUGCAUUUUUACCAUAUAUUGAAACAUGUUUCGAAGAAAUAUUCAAAUUAACAAAUUAUCCACAAGAAGAUAUUCGUAAAGCAACAAUUGAAGCACUUUUACAAUUUUGUCUAUGUUUAGCUAAAAUAAAUACUCCAGAAGGUAAACAAGCUUUGUAUAAAGCAUUAUCAGUGUUUAUUCCAAAGUGUUCGGAAUUAAUUCGAACGGAUGAUGAACGUGCUGUUGUAAUGGCUGGUUUAGAUGCGUACGCAGAACUUUUAAAAGAAUUGAAAGGUGAUUGUUUUGUUGGUGAGGGACAUCGUGAAGCAAUUAUGAAUUGUGUUGUUGACGUUAUGACUUCAAAGAUUGAAUGUCAGGAUCAAGAUCAAGAUCCAAAUUCUGCUGACGAUCCUGAAGCAGAACAUGACGAAUUAUUAAUUGAAUGCGCUGGUGAUAUUAUUCCUAAGUUUGGUAAAGCAAUUAGUCCUGAUGAUUUUGAACUAUAUUUUAAUAAUUUAUUAACUCUAUUUUUAAUUAGAACGAAAAAACAAAAUAGUGUAUCACAACGUUCAUUCGCCAUUGGUACUAUAGCUGAAUGCAUGGAGCCAUUACAACAAUAUGUAGGAAAAUUUGUACCACAAUUAUUACCCUUACUAUUAAAAUGCACCAGAGACGAACAUUCAGAAGUUCGCAAUAAUUCAGUGUUUGCUAUUGGUGAAAUGGUUUUACAUGGAAAGGAAUUACUUUACCCACAUUAUCCAGAAAUAUUACAAACACUUUCGGCGCUCAUAUCAAAAGAAUCACAUACAUUAACAUUAGAUAAUAUUUGUGGUGCUUUAGCUAAAAUGAUACUAGUUAAUGUAAAUGGUGUACCCAUGGAAGAGGUAUUCCCUGUUUUGGUACAAUAUUUACCAUUGAAAGAAGAUUUUGAGGAAAAUAAGGCUGUUUUUAAAUGUAUUUCUAAUUUAUAUCAAAUGGGAAAUCAAGUUUUAUUGAAUCAUUUAGGUGCAGUUGUGUCUGCUGCGGCAAUGGUUGUUCAUAAAAAUCAAAUUGUAGAUGACGAUACAAAACUAACUGUUUCAAAUCUAUUAAAAACAGUGCAACGAGAUUUUCCCGAACAAUUUAACUCGGUUGUGACGACUUUACCACCAGAUGUAUCUGCAUCGUUACAGCAAAUAUUUGCUGCUUAAUUAUAAAUUUAUUAUUAUUAAAUAAUAUAAAA